AUUCUUGGCUUCUUUUCUCUUUGUGCACUGGCUUUGUUCUGCUACUAUAGUUAUCGAGAAUACCAAAAUAGUCGACAUUAUAAAGACAAGGCCAGUGAUGCAUUUUCGAUGCCCAUCGUUGGUGAUGCGAAGUUACCGUUAAUUGGAGCCAGAAAAGAUGAUAAUCUAAAAAAUAUUGUCAGCCUUGAAUUAGUGGCUCGCGGUCGAUUUGGUCAAGUAUUUCGUGGUGUGCUAGACAAUGAAACUGUCGCAGUAAAAGUUUUUCCAUCUGCUGAUGUGAAUAGUUGGAUUGUUGAACAGGAAAUUUAUGCAAUAGCUUCUCUUCGAAAACAUAAAAAUAUACUACGAUAUUUGGGCGCGGAAGUUCAUGGAAACGAUUUCUGGUUGAUAACAGAAUUCCAUGAUAACGGUUCGCUGUUUGAUUUUCUUCAUUUUCGCGUCUUGACUUUGCAAGAAUCGUUGAAAGUAAUAGCUUCAAUGCUGAGAGGAUUAUCUUUCCUUCAUGAAGAAAAAAUGAUCGACGGCGAGCUAAAACCUUGUGUUGUGCAUCGGGAUUUCAAAUCGCGAAAUGUACUUUUAAAGCUCGAUUUAACUUCCGUAAUCGCUGAUUUUGGUCUAGCGUUAAAAUGUGAAAACGGUCAAAUGCCAUCAGAUGAUAAUCAUGGACAGGUGGGAACGCGACGUUACAUGUCACCUGAAGUAUUAGAAGGUGCUACAGAAUUUACAGCCUUUGCUUUCCGUCAGAUUGAUGUAUAUGCUGCUGCUUUGGUCUUAUGGGAGAUUCUUUCGCGAACAUCAAUGGACAAAGAUGACGUAGUGGGAGAAUACGAACGACCGUAUGAAACAGAGGCUGGAAUGCAGCCAACAUUGCAUGAUAUGAGACGAGUUGUUGCUGUGGAGAAAAAACGACCAAGUAUCCGUGCUGCAGUCAUCGAACAUAAUAUUGGUGGUGUUUUAUGGAAAACAGCUGAAGAUAUGUGGGAUAUGGAACCAGAUGGCCGUAUCACUUCUGGCUGUGCUUAUGAACGUGCCAAUACAUUAUUCAUGUCCUACGCCGCUGAUCUAAAAUUUGAAAAUACCGUGCUACCAAAAAAUUCGCCAAAUGAUCCACUAUCUCCAUAUACACAAGAUUGUGGAGUGGUACCAGCAGCAUUGCUUAUCAAAGAUGGUUCUUUGGGUUCUAAUGGAUUCCAUGCUUCAAUGGACGAAUAUGCACAGGCCUAUUCAGCACCUCCAAAUAUUCGAUACCUUCCAACCACGGAUACAGAAAAAGUAAUUCACAUUAAUAUAAUUCCCUUGUCAAAUCAAGAUCCUGCACAUAGCACUUUACCUCUCUCAUGA